GCGCUCUGGCGGCUCGGCCAAUGGCCCAGCGCAAUCCAACAAGGAAGAGGCUUUCAUGCAACUCUGCAUGCCGCGUUGUCAGAGAUGGCUGGCACCGUGAACUUGGUGGAAGGCCCACUGCUGGAGAUGGUGGCCAGCACUAUGGAGGCUGUUCGACUGCAGUCUCCGCAGAGCCUCAAAGCUGCAGCUACAAAACUGCAGUCAAUCGGUGCAAUUUUCAACUGCGUCGACGCCGUGGUGGCUGACAAUGCGCCGGCUUCAAAAGGGUCGUCAGUGGCGAACUUGGCAGCCAGCUGGCACAAGGUGGGCAGCGGGCAGUUCCUGCAAAUCGAGCAGCAGCUGGCCUUGCGAGCGGCCCUCCUUUCGGCUGCAAAGCAGCCGCUUCAGGAGUACCGUUUCCUUACAGCCCUGGCUGCUUCAGCACGCGAGGCGGCGCAGUUUCACCGAGGACUCGCCCUGGUCGAGCGGGCACAGCGGACGAGUGAAAAAACGAAGCCGAACAAGCUUGACAUCCUCAAGCUGCAUUGGGAGCAGGCAAAGUGCCUCUGGGAGCUGCAGCAGACACAGCAGGCCUUGACUAUCGCCAAGGCCUUGGCCAAAGAUGCUCGAGAGAUCAAGUCUGCGAACAGCUGGUAUGCCGAGAUUCUGGCGGGCACCGGAACGUGGCUUUCAAUUUCCAAGCUGGAGAGCCCAGAAGUCAUCGACGCCGAGUACUUUGUCCCAGCGACCAAAGCAGACCCCUGCCACUUUCAGGCGAGGCGUCAGUUCGCUGAGUUCCUCGACAGCUGCCUGGCAGAGGAGCUUAGCCGACAGCGCUCCGUGCAGUUUUCCCUGGCCAAGGAUUCUCGACAGAAGACCGAGGAGCAGCUGGCGCAGGUGGUCAGCCAAAUGGAGGCGAUCAGCAGGAAGGCCGAAGGUCAACAAGACCGGAAGCUGCUUCACAGCCUCCAGCAGCAACGUCGAACGCUUGAGCUGCAGCGCCAGGAAGAUCAGAAAACCUUGCAGAACGAGGAGGCCAGGCUAGAGGCGUUCGCGACCAACUGUGUCAAGCAGCUGGCACGCUGCCUCAGCGAUGGCCAGGGGAACCUCACGCAGGUGGCCUGCCGAUUUCUGUCUCUAUGGUUCGACUGUCAAGAGUACCCCGGUAUUACACGAAUUGUCCGAGAGUCCAUCCCGACACUGAAUCAAGCGCCGUUGUUGCCCUUCUUGUACCAGCUCGCCUCGCGACUGGAUCUCAAGGAGGGCCUCUUUCAGCAGACACUGGAUGAGCUUUUGGUCUCCCUCGCUCAGCGUGGCCCGCAAGCACUUUGGCCGCUGAUUUUGCUCCGGAACGGCGACCGUGUGCAGAAGGACAUGCAAGGCAGGGCACUGCACAGACAUGCGCCCAACAAGCUGGCCGCUGCUAAGCGGGUGCUGGAGCGACUGCGGAAGCUCCCCGCGCUGAAGUCGGUGUUGGAGACCGUCGAGACCCUGAACAAGUUCUACCUGGCCAUAGCGGAGUUUCCGAUUGACAAGAAGAACCGCGACGCAGAGGUGGCGUUGUCACGAAUCCCCGAGUUCAAAGCCGUGACGAAGGCGCUGCAGAGCACAAACAUCCCAGUUCCCACCUCAUCUGCCGUCGACUCUCACAUCGAAGGCUUCGCUGACACUGGGUCGCAAGCAUUGCGCUUGGGGAUCCUUUUCGGAUCUAG